AUCCCAAAUCCCCCCAUUCCUUCAUUUCACCAUUUUCCAUUUCUUCAAAUCCUCUCUCUCUGAAAAUCUAAUUUUUGUUUUUGGGAUUAGGGUUUUAAACACUUUACAUUCUUUUUGGUUGAUAUCCUUCAUUCAUUACUGCCAACAUAUGAAUAUAUGAUACACCCAUUAAUUAUCAAGCUGGAUUUUUACUCUUUCAGGAUUAUUAUGUUGCAGUGAGACGUAUGUUGGUGAUUUUUCACCAUUCUACUCUUUUGAAUUUUGGAUACCCAAGCGGGUUUGAGCAGAUCGCUUCUGAUUUAAGCUUUUUGAUGUUUCCUGUAAAGUAGAUCGGUAUGUGACACCUACUUGUGUCUUGUGCUCAUUUCCCGUACCAUAAUUCUUAUUCAGUAUGGCGCACAUGACUAUGUUUCCUGGUAAUUGUGAAAUCGUCGAAAUAGAGGAGGAAUCAAAAGGUAAAAAUUAUAUGGAAUCGGAGUCGAAAAGAGGGGACAAGAACCAGAGAUCUCUUGCCUUAAACAAUGGGAACAUAAGCUCUUUAGAGGAUGAUCUGAACCAGCUCUUUGAGAUGUUCAGUCGCAGAGCUUCAUCUCACGAGUACUCUCGUCGAAGCCAAGCCAGCACAUCAAGGAAGAAUGCUUCGAAAAAGCCGGUUAAGGCAAGUGGGUCCUAUUCACCUGGACAUGGAAUUUCCGAGCGUGUUAAUCUUAAGCAGGCGCUUAGGGGGUUGUGCCUUUCUCAGGCAUCAGAAAUGGCAGCGAUGAAACGUUCAUCAAAGCUAGCUGGUUCUUCAGAAGCUGGGAGGGUAAUUACAAUGCACCGAAAUGUCGUUAAAAAGAGUGUAUCUGAUCAAUCCCAAGAUGAUGAUCGAGAAGGCAUGCUUGAAAUAUCUCUUGUUCCUGAGGAAACGAUUUUCGACGCUUUUGGUAAUGUAUCUCAAAAGUAUCCGUCGUCAGAUAUAUGGCUUUCAGACCGAAGUUCUUUUUCUAAAAGAGUAGCUGGCUGUUCUCCGAGGUCUGAUCAAAAGGGUUUUGGGUCAAAGGACAGCGGAAAACUAGUAUCAAAUCCCAGCAAACCUCCAUCUAAAUUCUCUCCGUCUUAUCCGCAUGCCGAUGAUAGGAUUCCUGACAUGGGUCUUAUCACAUCGUCAAAUGAAAUGAAGGAUCAAACAUCAGUCACCGAUAUAAUACAACAAAAGCAGAUGUUUAUGCUAGCUUCAUCCAGAAAUUUCUCGGCCUUUGAUCAUAUAGUUGGUGAUGAAUCCUUGAAAAAAUCAUUGCAGAAAGAGAAGUCAUCACCCAAGCGUUCAUCUUCUAGCUAUGGGAAGAAUUCUGCGGAGCAUACCCCAAAAUUUUCUGCGCCUAAGGAGAUAUUUACAAUUUCAGAAGGUGUAUGCAACCAAAAGUUCGAUAGAGGGCAUAAGGUGGAGAAUAAAUUCUUAUCACAUCAAGAGCAUACCGAAAGCAGCAUGACGGAAAAUGGAAAAGUCAUUGCGUCAAAAGAGCUUGGUAGUCGAACCCCUUUGGCAGAAUCGUUGCAAAAUGAACGGGAAUUUGCCAGGAAAAUGGCGGAGGAAAAGGAAAUGGCUAGUGUUUCGAUUGUAGCUGAGAAUCGAAAGUUACAUGCAAUGUGUGAGGAUGAGCAUGUACCCACUUGUUCCCCACGUCGUCCUGAUGUUGGUGUUAAAGCUUUGGGUGACAGCAACAGGUUGGUAAGCAAAGAAUCUGCUGAAAAGCUAGCAAAAGUAGAAGCAAAAGAAUUGGGCAUAAGAACCGAAAAAAAGAUCAGUUCGAAGAUUAUAUCCUCAACUGGCUCUCCAAAGGGGAAAAAAGCAAGCAAAUCUUCUAGAAAUGCAAAGCAUUUGGUGAAACCUCUUAUCAAGACUAAGAAUUUUGUUAGGAGGAAACACAAAAAGAAGACGAAUGCCGAUAAUAGCUCGAAAAAUGUGCAAUGUGAAUUUAAUAACGACUUAUAUUCAGGACAAAAUCCAAUAGUGUGUCCGAGAUGCCAGUGUGUAGUGACUGAAACAGAAGCCUGGAGAGAAGCCAAUGAAGAAUCUUCUGUAUCUUGUUUGGAAUCUCUGGUAUCCCAACAAGAGUCUCGACUUUCCCAUCAAGAAUCUCCUCCGCCCCAUCACGAGUCUCUUGUGUUGUUUCAGGAUUCACCGGUAUCUCCUUUUGUUAGUCUCAGUGCUGAAGUCAGUUCUUGCAAUGUUAUUUCCGAUGUCAGCACACUCGGGCCAAGUUCUGGUAGCUCAAAUAAAUCCAAGUUUGUUGUUCCCGAAUUUAGUCACAAUUUAAAGCUGAAGUUCAUGGGGGAUUUCACUCAGAGCUCAAAAGAUAGCCCGGAUGAAUGUAGCAGUAGCACAAGCAUUAGUGAAGAAACUAAUUUGAGCAGACCCAGUUUUUGUGGUCGGCCGCACAUGUCUAAAGAUGUAAGAUGGGAAGCGAUUCGUUGUGUGAAGUUUCAGAACGGAACUAUAGGACUAAGAAAUUUUAAUCUUUUGAAGAAGCUUGGAUGUGGAGACAUCGGAACCGUAUAUCUCGCUGAGCUCAUUGGUACAAACUGUCUAUUUGCUAUUAAAGUAAUGGACAAUGAAUUCUUGGCUAGGAGGAAUAAGAUAUCUAGGGCACAAACGGAGAAAGAGAUAUUGAGGAUGCUCGAUCAUCCGUUUCUCCCGACUUUAUACUGUCAGUUUACAUCAGAUAACUUAUCGUGUUUAGUUAUGGAGUAUUGUCCUGGCGGUGAUUUACAUGUUCUCCGGCAGAGACAGCCUGGCCGGUGUUUUAUCGAACAAGCUGCAAGAUUCUAUGUUGCUGAAGUCCUCCUCGUAUUGGAGUACUUACACAUGCUCGGAGUUAUCUAUCGAGACUUGAAGCCAGAAAACAUUCUAGUACGAGAAGACGGGCAUAUCAUGCUCUCUGACUUUGACCUCUCACUCCGAUGUGCUGUUAGUCCGACUCUUCUCGUCUCAGCAUCGAUGUCAGAGACCACCUCACGAAAGGUCUCUCGCCCAUGCGUAGAAACACGUUGUGUACAGCCUCUCUGCAUUGAACCUUCCUUCCAAGUAACAUGCUUUACUCCUAGACUUUUAGCCUCUUCCAACAAAUCCUCGAAAUUGAGGAAGAUGAAAUCUGAUGUUGCUGCUGAGAUGAGACCAUUACUGCAGUUAGUAGCCGAGCCCACCACAGUACGUUCCAAUUCUUUCGUGGGUACCCACGAAUAUUUAGCCCCGGAAAUCAUCAAAGGAGAGGGUCAUGGAAGUGCCGUUGAUUGGUGGACGUUCGGUAUUUUUCUUUAUGAACUGCUGUACGGUAGAACACCGUUUAAGGGAGCUGGGAACGAGGAAACCCUGGCUAAUGUAGUAUUACAGAACCUGAAAUUCCCGGACAGUCCUCUGGUUAGCCUUCAAGCGAGGGAUUUGAUAUCCUCCCUUCUUGUAAAAGAGCCGGAUAAUCGCUUGGGGACUGAACGAGGCGCUGCUGAGAUAAAACAACACCCGUUCUUCGAGGGAUUGAAUUGGGCAUUGAUCCGAUGUGCUCUACCUCCAGAGCUUCCCGAGUAUCGGAGCUAUGAAAUGCCAAAACCAGCGUCCCUUGAAAAGAACAACAAAUAUAUCGACUAUAGUUCUGGUUCUGGUUCUGGUUCUGGUUCUGAUUCUGCCGAGCAUUUAGAGUUCGAGGUGUUUUAGCGGGUAUCCUUUCCCGAUGAUGUUUGUAUCCAAGUCUACUCAUAAUGUAAAUUUUAUCACAUGUUAAUCUUUAUUUAUACCGGGAAGUGGUGGUUCUGGGUCAUCGUCUUGACCGUGUUAAGAACUCCCAAAUUACUUGAAAAGUCGGGAAUAAAAAUUGUUAAGUCGGCGAGUUCGUGAAGCCAUCUACAAACCAUUCUCGUCCAAGUCUCAGAUUUGAGACCUCAUGUUAUAACGACUUCAAACAAGUGAUAGUUGCUCCUUUCUCACCCUUUCGACCCAUUUGGUUGUAUAAGGAAUACGGAUACCAUGUUGCAAAUAGUAUAUGCCAAUGCUAUGUUGGAACUUCUUUUGUGCCCCAAACCUCCAACACAAAUAUCAGGUGCACUCGAACAAUCGUAAAAAUUGAUCAUACAAUAUAC